AUGCCUCCCAAGUUUGACCCUAAUGAAGUGAAGUUCAUCUACCUCAGAGCCGUUGGUGGUGAAGUCGGUUCGUCGGCUGCGUUGGCCCCUAAGAUCGGUCCUCUUGGUCUUUCGCCCAAGAAGGUCGGUGAAGACAUCGCCAAGGCCACCAAGGCCAUGCCCGGGAUCAAGGUCACCGUCCAAUUGAGAAUCCAAAACAGACAGGCCACCGCCUCGGUGGUUCCCGCCGCGUCGUCGUUGGUGAUCGCCGCGUUGAAGGAACCUCCUAGAGACCGUAAGAAGGACAAGAACGUCAAGCACAACGGCUCGAUCCCCUUCGAUGAAAUCGUCAACAUCGCCCGCCAAAUGAAGGAAAAGUCCUUCGCCAAGCUGUUGGAAGGUACCGUCCUCGAGAUCUUGGGUACCACCCAGUCGGUGGGCGCCAAGGUCGACGGCAAGCCCGCCCACGUCGCCAUCGACAUGAUCAGAGACGGCUCGCUCGUCGUCCCUGAGGAAUAA